UCCCACUCCACCCGCGCCUAGGGUUGCGGCGCAGGCGCGAAGCGAACUCGCUUUGCUCUUGCUCCAGCUCCGACAGCAUCUGCUGGCUCCGGAGACGCAGGCCCAGAGGGAUCCAUGAUGAGCAGCAGUCGCUCGUGUGGCUGUAGCCGUGGCACCAGUGUAGAGGAAAGUACAUGGUAUGGGGUCGACUCCUAUUCUAAUCUCUUCUACAAUGACUGUGUAAUUCUCGGCGAGAACCCAGGACCCCUAAUCCAGUGUCCCCACCGACCCUGCCCCUCCUUGUGUUGGAAGAUCACCGUAUCCGUGGCAUCCCUGCUUCUCCUGCUGGGUGUGGCAGCCCUGACCACUGGCUAUGCCGUGCCCCCCAAACUAGAGCUUGUCAAUGAUAGUAAGUUCUCACCGAUGGAUGAUCCAGUAGCUGACUACAACCAAGCCCUGAUCACCUGCCGAGUGGCGGGAGCGACGCUGUGUGGGGCAGCUGGCAUCCUGCUGGCUAUCUGCCUCUUCUUGGCCACUUCCGGUUGGCUGAGCCCGGAUAUGAAGGCAGAGCCCUUGGUCACUGAAGCUGACAGUCCUGUGGAGGUCUUCAGGGAUGAGCCCGAGCAGCUGUCCCCCGUCUUCCAGGAUGCCAGCAGCCAAUGGUUCCUGACUCCCACCAGUCCUUCGGGGCAGUGUUCUGUGCAAACCAGCCAACCCCAGCGGGACUAG